GCCUCCAAGGCCCCAGCUGGGCCGGUUGGGAGCCUAUAAGCCGGGUGCCCGCUGGGCUCAGGCGCUUCCCGCCGCCAUGGACCCCCGCCCGCUCCCCUGGGCGCUGGUGCUGCUGAGUUCGGCCCUGGUCGUGACGCUGGGCCGCGCGCCCACCCCGGAGGGGCCGGAGAAGCUGUGUGGCCACCAUUUCGUCCGCGCGCUGGUGCGAGUGUGUGGGGGCCCGCGCUGGUCCCCCGAGACCGGGCGGCCAGUGGCCGGCGGAGACCGUGAGCUGCUGCAAUGGCUGGAAGGACGACAUCUCCUCCAUGGCCUGGUGGCCGGGGACCAAAUGCUGGUACUCGACCCACAGCCCCUGCCCCAGGCCUCUCACCAUCACCACCACCACCACCACCACCAUCGCCGGGCAACUGCCACCAACCCUGCCCGCCACUGCUGCCUCAGUGGCUGCACCUGGCAAGACCUACUGACCCUCUGUCCCCACUGAGCCCUCCUAGGGCGUGGCCUCGGGGAGUCAGAGACCCAGAAGUUCUGGUUUGGUGACCUCCUGAAGCCAUACAGCACCAUAAAGCCCCAUAUCUGGGGGAUUGUUGAUUACAUCCCAGGACAGGGUACUCACCACCUACCCUAGGUCACCCAAAUUCUAUGGGGUCAACUCAGGGGGGGGGUACCCCACCACCCUGGCUUGGAGAAUCCUUGACUUUACAGUGAUGUCAGACACGGAGGGCCAAAUAUUCUCACCUCCAAGGAGCCCCAGGUACCACCCUCUCUGCACUUGUG